AUGUCUCGCAACCGUCCCCGUCCUAGGGACAACGGCUUUGGCAAUAACGAGGAAUUGGAGCUCUGGACCAAAAUUUGCCAGGAUAUUCGAAAAUCCAAAGACAAAUUUGAUCAACAGACUUCAUUAUCGGCUCAAAUCAAAGCUUUGGUAGACAAGAUUGCCCAUGAUGGAAACAAACCAACCAUGGCCGAACACGAUCAACUCGAUAGCUGGCUGCGCCUGAGCCAGAAGCUCAGCGAAGACGAGCGCGCCAUCAUGCAGGACGAGCCAUGCGAUGUAAUUAAAAAUUUAGAACUGCUUACUGCAUUGCGCAAGGCAUCCGAGGCCGAGGCGCCGCCAAAUCGAUCCGCGUCAUUCAACAAAUCCCGCAAGAAAAGAAACGAAGUCGAAGGCUCGGUGAUCGAUUCUCCCAGCGCCUCGGGGGCUGAUAAGUCCGCACGCUCGAAGGGGGCUGCUCCGCGCAGUGCGAGCGUCUCAUCAAGUACACAAGCGCGCGAGGGCGGUCGCCAGGAUAAUAUCAUGGUCAAGAUCGAGGAAGGGUCAUCAGAGGGGACGAAAGGCACUGCCGCGGAGCGGAGUGGUCUGCUGGUGGUGGGCGCCCAGGUCGUGUUCAAGCACAACAAGAAUAAACAGGGCGUGGAGGGUGAGGGGAUCCAGUGCAUAAUCAAGGCUGUUACGGGCGACGGACCGAAGAAGCGAUAUGACGUGCAGGAUCCCGAGCCAAAUGAGAAUGGUGAACAAGGGGCGGUUUAUAAAACCACUGCUGUGUCUCUCAUUCCCAUUCCACAAAUCAAUACGCACUUGGCUGCGUACCCGGCUGGCAAGCAGGUCCUUGCGCGAUAUCCAGAUACUACUACCUUCUAUCGUGCGGAGGUGAUGGGCUCAAGGAAGGAUGUCUACCGCCUCAAAUUUGAAGGCGAGGAGGACGAUAAGGAGAUGGAAGUUGACCGGCGUUUCGUGCUGGAUAUCCCGGGCAAAUAA